AAAAAACCACAUUUACGCAAUGCCCUUCUCCAAUUAGUGAAGAAAAUACAACCGUAAUUGAUCAAAUAACAUUUGACCCUGAUCCGCCAGUUUCUAAUCAAACGAUCACUAUUAAAGGUCAUGUAAAUACAACUGAAGAUAUUAUUGAUGGCGACGUAUUCGUUUUUGGAUUUACUACUACAAAUAUUACAAACCCUACAUUAUUAGGGGGUAAUCUUUCAUUUAUUUGUCAUGAUGGUAAAACUAUUUGUCCGACUAAAAAUUAUGAUAUAGACUUCACUAUUACUGCUCCCGAAUUACCUUCUGAAUACGUUAUGGGAGCCGCAAUUGUUAGAGGCACUAACAAUACAAUAGCUUGUGGUCAAUCUCUUAUUAGCUCGUAA